CGGCCAUCCAUAUGAAGAAAUGGCGGGUGUGGAGUGAGCACUGAGCUGGUUUCCUGUGUGUUUUUACGCGAUUUUUACUGACACAGGGAGAGUUUCACCAAGUAUGGCCACCCAGAGCAAAGGUACAGGGGAUGGCUGCCAUGACGCACAGGAGAUGGAUGAGCAACGACGUAAGAAUGUGUCUUACCAGUACUUGUGUCAUCUGGAGGAGGCCAAAAAGUGGAUGGAGGCGUGUAUUGAAGAAGAGUUGCCUGAGGCUGGUGAGCUUGAGGAACAACUACGCCAUGGUGUCUACCUGGCUAAACUGGCACACUUCUUUGCCCCAGAGACAGUGCCACUGCGACGGAUAUAUGAUAUUGAUCUGAACCGCUACAACACCAGUGGUCUGACCUUCCGACACACUGACAACAUCAACCACUUCCUCAAGGCCUUAGAGAAAAUCAAGCUGCCCAGUAUCUUCUACCCUGAGACAACAGAUGUGUAUGACCGUAAGAACAUGCCUCGGGUGGUGUUCUGCCUCCACGCCCUCAGCCUCUACCUCUUCCGCCUGGGCAUUGCACCCCAGAUCCAGAACCUCUAUGGGAAGGUCAAUUUCUCAGAGGAGGUGAUGGAGGCCAUGAUGAAGGAGCUAGGGAAGUAUGGCUGUCCAUUGCCCCAGUUUGGAAAGAUUGGAGGCAUCUUAGCCUCUGAGCUUCCUGUGGAUGAAGCAGCACUGCAUGCUGUGGUGAUUGCUGUGAAUGAUGCUGUGGAGAAAGGGGAUUGCUCAGAGCUUCUAGUGACAUUGAGCAACCCUGUGUGCCACCUCCAAAAUGUGUGUGAGGGCAAUGUCACCUCUUACCUACAGUGCCUUGCAGAGGCCAAGGCCAGGAAGAGAGAGAUGGCUAUUAAUAAGAGUCGUGACCAAGACUACAUUCCUGAUGCCUAUGAUGAACUGCUGACUCAGGCUGAGAUUCAAGGACACAUCAACCAUGUAAAUGUCUGCUGUGCACUGGAGAUAGUGGAGGAUGCUGUGAGAGAGGAAAACACUGCAGAAUUGCUACAGGCCCUCCGUAUUCCAGCCCUUGCUCUGAAGGAGGUGGAGAACAGCCUUGGGGACAAGUAUCUAAGUGCCUUGGCUCAGGAGCUUGAGGAACCUUCCCACAUGCAGACCAUGAACCACAGCCACAACUACAGCCUCAACACUUCCAUGCUGCCAACUACAUGCCUCACCAGGACUUCCCUUCAGACAAUCCUUUCAGCUGUCCGGAGGGAGGCUGCUGCUGCUGAGAGAGAAUUGAAAGAAGGUGUGGCAGCAGUGAACAGAUGCCUGAGCUGUGAGGUGCCAGGAAACACCUUGCUGGCUCUGAAGUCACUAGGAGACAACAUUCCUUCACUGUUGGACUUUGCUGCUCCUCUCUACCAUGAGGAGAUGGCUGCCAUCCGCCAAGAUGCACAGGCUGAUCUAAGCAUGGAAGAAAUCCGCGGAGGAGUGCGCCUCUUGUCAGCUGUGGCCAGAGCUAAUGCUGCUCUCAGUACUCACAGUCCUGGUGAACUGUGGUUGUACCUCUCGGACCCUCAGAUAUACCUGGAGGGCCUUGACGAGAGUAGUGUGCGGGAGUACUUCACAGCCAUGAACAGAGUCCAGCAGACCAAGGUGUCCUCUAGCGACCCUUGUCCUUUCCUUACUUAUGUGGAGCUGCAACAGGUGGUUGAUGAAGUGAACCUCAAAGUGGAGGAGGACAACAACAAGGUGAAGGCUAUAGCAGCAGUCAACACAGCAGUGAGCAGUGGUGGAUCAGAGGACACCCUUAUUGCCCUCCAACAUUCAUCCCUCCAGCUUGGUUCUGUGGCUCCUAAAGAUGCCCUUCACCACUUUCAGCUGUUGAAGUUGUUGAGGAGUGCUAAGAGGGAGAUGAUGGGGAGCAGUGCUGCAGAGCUGUGGCUGGAGGACAUUGUGGAGGUGGUGGAGGCAGUUGAAAGGCAUGCAGAGGAGGCUGGACGGGCAGCUGGACUACUAGCUGCUCUUAAUGGGUCUCUUGCUUCUGCCAAUGACCAGGUUGUUGUGUCUAUCCUCAGGGCUCAGGAUUUGUCUUACCUCCACAUCAAGAGCAGCACCAUCCCUAGCAUUCUAGAUACUCUGAAGCAAGUGUUUCAGAAGAAAUCUGCCAAUAAAAACAAGUGCCCUUGGGUGCCUCAUACCAUUAAUGAUGGUUCCAAGGUGUAUCUUGAUCUGCAUCAUGGUGACUACCAGUGGGAGAAGCCAAAGGAAGUUGCAAGUCCCAAUAAAAGCUGCUAUAUUACACUGGGUGACUUGGAGGAGGUGGUGUCUAAGGCAGCACACCAGGAGGCUCACAGCAGACAGGUGGACCACUUGGUGGUGAGGCUACAGGCAAGGGCGCGGGGUUGGCUCAUCAGACGCAGGCUGUACAGGAGGCAGAAGGCUGCAGUUACCAUCCAGGCAUGGUGGAAGAUGGUCCAGGCCCGACGCACAUACACACACUACUGCCAGGCUCUGAGGCUGAGCGAGCCCUAUGUGAUAAAGCUGCAAAGGGCAGUGAGGACUUGGCUCCACCACAGGAGAUUGAGACGCCUUCACACACACUUCUUCAAACAUGUGAACCAAGUGAUCAUCAUCCAGCGUGCCUGGAGAGCUCACAAGGCCAGGCUGGACCUCCGCUCCAUCACCCACCAGGAGAAUCCACCUAUGCCAGUCAUCCGCAAGUUCAUCCACCUCCUUGAUGUUUCUGCGGGUGAUUUGGAUGAAGAGUUCCGGUUGCAGCGAAUCAAGAGUGACAUGGUGAAGACAAUCCGUCACACCCACCAGCUGGAAAAGAAUGUGGAUGAGCUGGAUGUCAAGAUUGGUCUGCUAGUACACAAUCGCAUCACUUUGCAGGAUGUUUUGCCAGCUGACAAGGAGAACAUGAACCCAAAUGUUCCAGAUGCCAAGCCAAAGAAAAACAAGAAAAAUUCCAAAGACACAUUGAAAUAUGGCUCAGUCAGGUCCCAGAAAGGACUAAAGGCUUUGAACAAGGAGUCCAGGGAAAAACUGCUCGGCUACCAGCACCUUUUCUACCUGCUGCAGACACAGCCCCACUACUUGGCUACACUAAUUUUUGCCAUACCACCAGGCAAAACCACCAAGUUCAUUGAGAACGUCAUUUUUACUCUUUACAAUUAUGGUGCAAAUGACCGGGACAACUUUCUCCUUCUGAAGUUACUCAAGACUGCACUGGAAGAAGAGAUCAGAUGCAAGGUGCUACGUCUGAGUGACAUCGUAUCAGGUAAUCCCUUGGUGGUGAAGAUGAUCGUGUCCUUCAAUCGGAGAGGUGCAGGACAGGUCUCCCUUAGAGAUAUGCUUGGACCUCUCAUACGCAAGGUUCUCACUAACAACAACAUGCAAAUCAACACAAAUCCAGUUGAAAUUUACAAGACUUGGGUCAAUCAGCUUGAAAUGAACUCAGGACAGACCAGUGGCCUGCCUUACUCUGUCAGUCAAGAGCAGGCUUUGCAAUAUCCUGAGGUGCAAAAGAGGCUGGUCCUGGCAAUCACCACUCUAAAGGAAGUCACACAGGCCUUCUGUGACCAGAUCACAUCCAGCAGGGACCUGAUCCCUUAUGCCAUGCUUUACAUGGCACGGGUGAUGCGAUGUGCCCUGCAGAGGAGGUUUCCACACAUCCCCGAGAAGGAGAUACUCAAGGUGGUGGGGAACUUGGUGUACUACCGCUACAUCAACUCAGCCAUUGUGGCGCCAGAUGCCUUUGACAUUGUGACAGUCUCUCCCGAUGAAAAGCUGAACAACAAUCAGAGGCGUAACCUUGCUAGCAUUGCCAAAACUCUGCAAUUUGCUGCUUCAAAGAAGGGCUUUGGAGACGAGGCAUCCCACCUCAAGUGCCUCAACCCCUUCAUUGUGGAGUGCCACGAGAAGUUCAAAGAUUUCUUCCGACGGUGUUGUGAAGUGGAGGAGCCUGAGGUGGUAUACAAUGUUACCCAGUACUCUGAGGCAACACUUAUUGUCAAGCCUACCAUCUACAUCACUGUGCAGGAAAUUUGUGAGACACACCAGUUGCUGCUGGACUACAAAGAAAUUCUAGCACCAGACAAUGGGGACCCCCUCCACCAGGUGCUGGCUGAGCUAGGGGAGCGGCCGUCUGUACAGACACUGAUAGGGGAGGCCAUUGAGUCUGGUACAGGAACACAGGGGAGGAUGGAGGUGUGUCUGGCCCUCACCAGUAAGUUUGACAUGAGCCAGACUGCCAAGGACAAGGAUCCCAAGGAUGGCAACAAGCUCUUCAACAGGACCAAACAGCUGCUAGUGGAUGUCAUACGCUGUGUGGAAGGAAAUGUCAUCGGAGAGCUGGUGGCUCGUCCAACGCGUGGCCCAGACGAGGAGAAGUACCGGGCCAUUGUGCUGACAAGGGCACAGCAGGAACGCCAAGCUAAGCUCAAUCACACAACACUCAAUCGCUCUCCGUCUUUCCUCGCUGAAACUAGAGUGAGUCUGCAUGAGGUGAAGACUCGGCUGAGCCACAACCUGCGGCGCCUGGAGAACCAAGGGCUAGCCUCACGUGCUGACAACUACCAGAGCCUCCUGAACACUAUUGCGGCAGACAUUGUGAACCAGCGCCAGCACCGGAUAUCUAGGAAGAUGGAACUCCAGAGGCUACUGAUAACAGCCAGUCAACUGGAAGAAAAAGAGACUUUCUACAAUGAUCAGCUGCAGUCCUACCAGACCUACCUCAAGACCUGCCUUUCAAACAUUGCUGCAAGAAACAAAAAUGUUCAUCAGAAACUGCAUGGAAGCAAAAGCCGUAACAAGCAGGCCCUGAAGUAUACAGCUGCCAGGCUCAUGGAGAAAGGUGUUUUGUUGGAGGUGGAGGACCUACCUGAAAGUCAGCAGAAGAACCUUUUGUUUGAGAUUACCCCGUUGGCCACUACAGGAGUAUUCCACAUCCAGGCAAAACUGAUGGGUGUCACAAUGGAGAAUGUGGAGAUUGACAUUCAGGAACUGCUCCAGCUGCAGUAUGAGGGCAUGAGUGUGAAGAAGAUGUUUUCCAAGGUGAAGGUGAAUGUAAAUUUGUUGCUGCAUCUCCUUAACACCAAGUUCUAUUCCAAGAAGAAGUAAGAUGACUGCAGCAACAUGUGAGGUUCCCAAGCAGCCUUGCUCAUGUUGGCCCUCAUGGGAUUUUUUUUUUUCCCUACACCCUGAAAAUUUCUUUUCUCUAUCUUUAUUUCAAUAUUAUUAUAUAUGUACAUAUUUCUUGACUUCUCCAGCUUUUUUUUUUUUUUUUCAUAUGUAAUUCAUAUUUCCUUUGCAUGUACAUUUACAUCUACAUAUUUCAUCAUUAUUACCUUCCAGCUUCUGUCAUAGUGCAAAGUAUGUUGCCAAGCAGAGCAAUUUCUUGCUCAUGUAGUGAAAAGCCAACUCAAGUCACUUUGUGAUUUGAUGACAAUAUGUUUCUAUCUUUUUAAUCUUACCUCAUAUAUAUCAGUUACCUGCUUGUUUUCAUUUGCUUAAUUUUCUUGCCACCUGAUUUCCAUACAUAAAAUGUAAGUUUAUAGUGUGGUAGGCUCUACACCAGACACAUACAUAGUAUUCAUAAACCUACUAAUUACUCAUGUAUACAGUGGUGCUAUUAUUUGUAAGAUUAACUGAAUGAAUGUGGUCUGCAAGUUACAGUUCUGGCUCCUAGUAGGUGUUGUCUUGUGCCAUAGAACCAGGAGCUAGAAACAUGAAGAUUGAGGAAGGAACUUUGCUGUCUAUGAAGUAUUAAGCCUUUUUAUAUUGCAUCUUUGUUAAUCCUGUCACUGCUACAAUGCAAAUAGCACUUCAUCUCCUGUAUAGUCAUAAGGUGAAGCACUGGAUGCACCAUUACUCUUUUGUGCAAUUGAGAAAUAAACCAUCUCUCAGUGUCUCACAGACUAGCAACUUGAGAAGGCUCCAGCUUGGUUCCAUCAUUCCAUCGCUUCAGUUUGGGAUGAAAAAUGAAAAUAAAUGUAUCAUGGCAACUUUCUCCUCAUGUCAGACUGACCUAGUUGCUCUUUAUGUCCUUAGUUUCUCACACCUAACUGAGUGCCAUGUGCCAGCAGUCUUAACACUGCCAUAUACAUUGUCCACUUGUCUUGGUAAAGGUGUUUAACAUUAGAUACUUUGUUUGAAAAAUACUGCAUUGAGAUAUUUAUUAAUCCAGAAAUUAAUAAACUGUAUAGGAUUGAAAAGUCUUACCUUGAAUUUUUUAUGGAGGAUCAGUCUUAUAUGAUGAAUUGCAAGUGUCUAUGUAUCCAUCCUGGCUAUUUAGUAAAGGCUGGAUAGUUUUUACUGUAAUUGUUCUUAUGAUUUUUUUUACUAUACCAGAAAUUUCGCUUUGUUCCCUUCAAGGAACAGUGAGUGGUGAGGAGUCCACUUUAGUGCUCUCUUGUUGGUCCUAUUUUUUUUUAUGAGUUAUUAUUUUAUGUGAUAACCUUUCCUUUGGUUUGACUUAACUGUGUUGUCUUCCAGUCCCUCAUCAGACAAGAUUGGUAGAAUGAAAAGCAAGGACCAUGGAUCCUUCACAGUACUUGUCUUUUAAUAUCUUUGGUGAUGCUAUUGGUUUAAUCCAAAUUACAGCUACAUUCUUCUGUAGUACCUGUUUGAAAAUGAUAAUUUGGUAUUACCAAGCAAAGAAGUAUUUCAGAAUCCACUUAGAUCUUUGGGAUACAUAUUUACAUAGUGUAAUUUUUAAGUUGUAAUUUCCAGAAACAUUGAUAUGCAGUAAUUAACUGGGAUUCAGUAAUAUAGUAGCAUAUCUUUAUCUCAUUUUCUACUUCUAUAUGGUGUAUUGUUAUAUGACAAAAUUAUUGUGACUGAUUGAAGGUUUAGUGUGUGAUUCCUUUGCCAAAAUUGUCAGUUUGUAAACAGGGUGAGAAAAUCACAUUGCUGGUUAUUACAAAGCAUCUGCAUCAUUGGAUCAUUUUUUAACUCUUAAUUUUAUUCACAUCAUUAUACUCCCUAAGUGUGAAGCAAAUGUGUGAGAGAAUUAUUUACUCUAUAUUACUGGUAUAUUUUUAAGCAUAAUGUUUAUGUACAACAAUAUUUAUAUAGUUACUAAAA